CGCAAGACAACCGAAUAAUUUGCGUCGAGCUUCGGCAGUGUGAAGUUACAAAGUAGUACAGCGAUCGGUACGACGAGGUGACUAAAAAAGGAAAAUAGUAAUCGAUUAGAUGUCGUAACAACGAGAAAGCAUAUAGCGAAAACAGCGCAUCGGAAAGUGCAGUCCGCACUGGUCCGCAGUGUGUGGCGGCCUCAACGGCGAGUAUGAACUGUGGUCUAUAGACUGCGCUUUGCAGGAGUCGAUCACGGAAGCAGCUCUCUCGCUUUUUCUCGCGUACUUCGUGUUGUGUUGUGUCCUCGAGCCGAGCUUGACCGAUCUUGUCCGAACGCGGAACGAGUGAGAAGGCCUUCUCUGGUCUCUAGCUGCGUGUAGUGCGAAGCUUUCGUCGUUUAGCGGGGGAAUCUGGCACUUGGCAGGCUCGCAGAGAGGCAGAGUGAGAAAGAGAGAGAGAAGGGAGAGCGAGAGAGAUAGAAAAAGAGAGAGCGCGAGAAGAGAAGAGAACAGAACACUCAACGAGCGCGAAACGAGAUAGGAUAUGUGCAGUGUAGUGAACGCGCAGUAGUGCACAGCUGCUGGCAAAGAACAACAAGGCAAAAUAACAGUGGCCAUAAAGAGUGCGCGCCAGCAAACAAAAGAGCUGGAAAUGCAGCCUUGAUCGGUUUCUCGGCAGUUCUCGCAGACAGUGUUUUGUGUGUGGCCAGCCAUCCAACCAGUAAUCAACCGGUCGACCAGUCAGUUGGAAUCGUCGGAGCCAGCAGCAGCCAACGAGAGAGACAAAAAGACGAGUGUAGAAACAGAGAGUGAAGUUGUGUGGAGUAAAGUGUCAGAGAAAGAAAGAGAGAGAGAAAGAGAGAGAGAGAGUGAGAGAGAGAUAGAGAGCACGCGUCGCGAGUCAGUCAGAGAGUGAUGGCGCAGCCGACGAGCAGCGCAAUCAGGGCUCUCGCCCUGGAAUACAAGAGCCUGCAGGAGGAGCCAGUCGAGGGCUUCCGCGUGAAGCUCGUCAACGAGGACAACAUGUUUGAGUGGGAGGUGGCGAUCUUUGGGCCUCCCGACACCCUCUAUCAAGGCGGCUAUUUUAAGGCACACAUGAAGUUCCCACCGGACUACCCCUACAGCCCGCCGAGCAUUCGCUUCAUGACCAAAGUCUGGCACCCCAAUGUCUACGAGAACGGCGACCUGUGUAUAUCCAUCCUGCAUCCGCCCGUCGACGACCCUCAGAGCGGCGAGUUGCCCUGCGAGAGGUGGAACCCCACGCAAAACGUCAGAACGAUUUUGCUGUCGGUGAUCUCGCUGCUGAACGAGCCCAACACCUACAGCCCAGCCAACGUGGACGCAUCUGUGAUGUACCGACGUUGGCGCGACUCCAAGGGUCGAGACAAGGAGUACGAGAAUAUCAUCAGGAAGCAGGCGCAAGCGGCCAAAGUCGAGGCGGAGAAGGAGGGCAUAGUGGUGCCGCUGACCCUCGAGGACUACUGCAUCAAGACGCGCGCCAGGCCGCAAGAGCAGCAGCUCGACCUCACCGACUUCUACGACGACGAGUACGAGCUCGACGACGACGACGACGAGGAGGAGCACGCCAGCGGCAGCGAGUACGAGGAUGGCGACGACAGCGGCAACGGCGAGUCGUGAUCCAUCUCGUAAGCGUGCGCCUCGACGACACCUGCGAUAUGCCACAACGUCCACCACCACCACCAACACCACGACAACCACCACCACCACCACCGCCACCACUACCAUCGCUGCCGCCGUCGUCGCCGAGUACUCUUACUCCUCCGCUCUCUCUUUCUCGUAUAUCCCGCACCUGCGAUUGAUUGUUGAGCUUCUCUGUCGGAUUGCUCUCCUCGCUCGUUCCGACUCCCUUCUCCUUCUCUCUCUCUCUCUCUCUUUCUUUGUCUCCAUAGGUAUCUACUUGUAUGCUACGUACGAGAAGCUCAUCGAUCAGCUAGCGAGACAAACGAGGAGCGGCGCGUGUGGGCAUAUAGUUGCGGGUAAGGGUUACUUUGCGAGUCGACAGUCGGCCAACGCCGACGCUUUCGGUUCAGCGCGACGCGCGUAGCAUUGCGAGAGCCGGAUCCGCCGUUGAUCGAAGAGACAGAUACGGACAUCGCGAGCGCGCCAAUAAGCUUUUCUUCAUUUCGAUAUUUUGUGAUACUGCUGCUUGCGGGAGAGUUAGCCUGGCCGACGGGACAACCAUGCUCUACUGUGCGGCGGCGGGUCUCCGGCCAUGGUUAUCUCGAGCAUUACACUUUAGAUAAUUUAAUUAAUCAGCCUCUGUUCUCGUGCAAAUCCUGGCUACCUACUUCUAUUUACCUCUCACCGUAUCAACUCUCAAUCUUCCGCGUUGAUAUUUGCUCAUCACGUCUACUUUAUAGCGCCUCCAAAUAUUACUAUAAUUUACGUUGGAAGCGUAGUUGUAGCUCGUAAUUUUCCAAAAAAAAGAACAAAAAGUAAGAUCUCUCUAUCCCAACAUCGAAUAACGUGCAUUCGCUGAAACGGGCCCUUUCAUAUUGUUAUAAUCGAUGAAAAAAGUAUAAUGAAACAUUCUCAACGAAAGGCACUGAUCGAUGAGUUAUUUAGUAUGAUUUGUAUAACUUGACUGUAAAUAUACCGUAACUUCUUUAAUUACUUCAUGUUUACAAACAAAUUCUCUUAUCUCGGGCAGUAAUUCUCAACAAUAAUUACUAAAAGAUUACAAUUUACUACCACGCUCGCCUUAUAAUUUAUUAUAUGUGAUUUAGUCGAAUUGAAAAAGAAAAUCGUACUUUAGUAUUGACACCCAAAAUAUAAAAUUAACUAAUUGCGAAAUUUAUAUUACACAACGUAUUCAAUAAAUUAUUCUCUUAAAAAGAAAUCUUAUCUUUACAUUUUCGAAUGUUUUCUUGUUUCUGCUACAGUUUAUUAAUAAAUAUAUCGUUAUAUCU